AUGUUUUCGGCUGCUAGUGUCAAUCCUCUCGACACGUACAUGAUAAACGGCUAUGGGCAAGAACUCUUAGGACGGUUGAAGCAGUUAGAAGAAUGUGACUUAUCGCAAGAAAGAUACCCUUUGAUACCAGGACGUGAUUGUGCAGCAGUUGUUGAAGCAGUUGGUGGUGGGGUUCAUAAUUUGACUGUUGGAGAUGAGGUCAUUGCUCUUGCUGCUCCCCAUAGACAAGGUAGUCAUGCUGAGUAUCUGGUAACCGAUGCAUCUAUGUGUUCUGCAUGGCCAAAAAACUUGAGUGCAGUGCAAGCUGCAUCUUUACCUUAUGUGGCUAAUACUGCUUGGAGCGCUCUUGUAACCGUCGCUCGGUUGAAUCCUAAAGGAGGAAACACGUCCAGAGUUUUAAUUAAUGGUGGCUCUGGAGGCGUUGGAACAGUUGCCAUUCAAAUGCUCAAAGCUUGGGGAGUACCUAAAAUAGUUGUUACAUGCUCAGAAGAGAGUUUCGAACUUGUGAAAUCUCUCGGGGCUAUUCCAGUCAGUUACAAGUCAGCUGAUGUGAAAGAUCAACUCACAGAGCUUGGACCUUUUGAGGUUAUUUUCGACUGCGUCGAUACAGAUAUAUCUAGAUGGAGUGGAAAAUUACUGGGAGUCUGGCGUAACAGUGUUCACGUGACAAUUGUCAGCCCGUUAAUGAGAGAAACUGAUCGACACGGGACAAUUCCUGGGCUCUUUACGACAGCAGCGAACUACUUCGAUAGGUCGCUCGAAUAUUUCACUCACGGACGGUUUUUCUCUUACGCAUUUUUCUUGCCUAGUUCCGAUUGUAUGCGGCAAAUAUCCAGCUUUGCCCAAGAAAAUAAGCUGAAACCAAUUGUCGAAUCAACGUACAAGUUUGAAGAUUUGCCUAAGGCUUUCGAGAAAGUGGUGCAGCUACACGGUAAAGGUAAAACAGUAAUUGAAGUAGCUUAA